AUGGUAAGCACGAAUCUACGAGGGGUUCUCAGCAUCGGCUGCGCCGUGUCAUUCAUCGCGGCUGGCGCUGAAGCCGCCGCCUCAGGAACCGCCCAGCCGUCGCCUUUUGCCAGCACUCCGUUCCCUGACCCAUUUCAAUUCUUCCUCCGUGAGACCCCGUUUCCCUCACCGGCUUCCUUCUCCGAUUCAUUUGGGUUCCUCUCUCGAGCCAACCCUACCGACAUGUUUCGAACUCUGACCGAUAGCUACAGGAUGGCAGCUGCUAUGCCAGAACAAUUUCUCCGGGCAGCCGCCGACGCAGCCACUCUGUUGACGAUGCAGCACCGCGAGCACACUCAGGCACGAGAGCAGCCUAUGGAUACACCAGUCGAUUCUUCAUCGCCAUCUCGUGGGUUCUUCAUCCCAGGCAUGCCUUUCUAUCCGGCCAACUGGAUGCCGGUCAAAUCCUUGUUCCCUCUUGCCGAAAACCCCAGCGACUGGUUCAAUAAUUUUCUCUUUAUUCUCUGGGCGGCAGCCCACCCAACUGAAACGGCGUAUUACCUGAAACUCGCGAAAAGCAACAAGUAUCCCGGUUGGGACUACCCUCUGGACGGAACCUAUUCCCAUUCGAGAUCAUCAGAAAGCUCUAGUUACGAGGGGCAGUACGCUCGCCAGCAGAAGGCUCCAUCCAACUAG